GGCGACGAAUCGUUUUAUCGAUUUUAUUAUUCCGUAACUGGAAAACGUAGCUUUUUUCGGUGAAAACGCGGCCAUGAGUGACGGUGGUGGCAGUGUGAGACAGCGCAAGAAAAGUUCCGGCGAUGGCACUGGGAGUCGGCCACGCAAACCGAAAUCAACUACCAGUUCCGGUGGUAGCUCGUCACCCAGCACCGCCCAACAGCAUCAGAUGUGGGCCCGGAUAGUGCUAAUGGUAGGUAUUGUGGCCAUCGUGUACUUUACCACGUUCCGAACGCGGGAGAAGAAAUUUGCCACCCAGCGGGAAGUGCUUGAGCUACGCACCCAACCGCUCGACUGUUCCCGACCAUAUCUGGAGGAAAUAUCAAAGUUUUCCGGCUGUAUACCGAACCAGUGUGGACGGUUUGUGAGCGAUAAGAUUGUAUCACCGGCCGAAGCCGGCAUACUGCUCGAUCUUGCCCGGGCCGGAUUCGAGCUAGGCCAAUCAGCUGGAGGCGCUUCCAUACUGGACCUCCACUCAGGUGCCCUCUCCAAGGGUACCCAAUUUGUGAACGUGUACCGGUUGCCGGAAGCAAAAAAACUGUUCACCAAUCAACAUAUCAACGUGUAUCGACACGUAAAAGCAAAAGUACAACAAGCUGUGGCCGACAAUUUCCGGCUCAAUGUGGACGCACUGCACCUUACCCAUCCGACCUUCUUUUCGAGGCUUACGAACGCGACCGCUAAAACGAUUCACGACGAAUACUGGCACGAACACGUCGACAAGGAAACGUACAACUCGUUCCACUUUACCACGUUGCUGUAUCUGACCGAUUACGGGAAAGAUUUCACCGGUGGUCGGUUUGUCUUUAUCGACAACGAAGGCAAACAUAACCGUACACUUGUGUACAUCGAACCGAAACGGGCGCGUGUCAGUGGGUUCACAUCCGGUGCGGAAAAUAUGCACCACGUGGAGCAGGUGACCGGUGGCGUACGGUACGCGAUUACGAUUUCGUUCACCUGCGACCGGGAGAUGGCAAUGGCGGAUCCAAAAUUUGCACUCGACGAGGAGGAAGAGGCGGAAGACGGUGGUACAAGGGAGGGUAGGGUGGUCGAGCCCUGAGAUAGGGCCGAUACUGUGCUCGUUAUCCGUACGCUGGAGGAGUUUAGUG